GGGACCACUCAGGACUUUGGAAACAUCUCUGCCCCAACUCUAACCCACAAUUUUUAAAACGUACUACUAAGGACGCUAUGAUAUUAGCAUAAUGUCUGCUGAGGUUGCCAUGCAGAAGUUCUCAUUUCCCUUCUCCUGCGGUGGUCCAGGCCUGUCCCAGCGCAGCGAGACCACCCCAAACAACUGCACCCAGGUCAAACCUCUAGAGCUCCACAACCUCCAGGAAAACCUCAGUGAACCUGGCCUAGUUAAAGUACUGGGGGUGUGUAAUGAGGUCCAAGGCGGUCCCAAAGCAGAAGACCCCCAAUGUACAGUAAUUUCCCGGAAGAAUAUGUUUGAAAAGCUGACGGUAGAGUCAGAAGACCAGCGCCCCGUUGCUAAGAGACAGCUGUCCUCAGAGAGUGCAGCCCGGACUAUAACUGUGGUGAAGAAGAGCGCUGUGAGGAAGGAUGGGGAGGACAAUACCAACAAUACCAAGGGGGGAAAACCCAAAACUGUCCCUGGACCAAAAUUGGGCCUGUCCACCGCUGGGACGGGGAGGAGGAAGCGCCGAAAGGACCUCUUCAGCAGCUCUGAGGUUUUCCAGAGGGUGGACGAUCAUGUCAUCCGGGUGGGAGCCGAGUUGAAGGAGAAGCGCGUGUACGAUGUGAAGACCAUAGCCCUCAGUAUCACACAGGGAGCCAGGACGGAGCUGGAGAGACUCAGAGCCAUCUGGGUUUGGCUCUGUCACAACAUUGAGUACGACAUCAGUGGGUUUCUGGGUCGCUCUGAAAAGUUGAGUUCUCCUGAAGAAGUGAUCGCAGCAGGACGAGGGGUAUGCUGCGGAUACUCCAGUCUGUGCUCCGAGAUGUGCAGGGAGAUGGGUAUUGAGUGCCAGGAGGUCCCAGGGCACAGUAAGGGCGUGGGCUACAGACAGGGCCAGAGCCUGAGGGGCGUGAAGUCUGACCACCUGUGGAACGCUGUGCUGCUGUCGGGACAGUGGUUUCUGCUGGACGCCUGCUGGGGGGCCGGACGGGUCGAUAUGGAGAACGAGAGCUUCGUCAAAAGAUUUGAUGACUUUUAUUUCCUGACGGAGCCAGAGGAGUUCAUUCACUCACAUUUUCCGGAUGAGGAGAGGUGGCAGCUCCUGGACCGUCCCAUUUCCAUCGAGGAGUUUGAGAGAAAAGUGUUCAAGACCUCGGCCUUUUUCACUCUAGGACUGAGACUAAUGCAGCCUCACCAAUGCCACAUACUGACAGAUGAUGGUGAAGCAAACAUCUCCCUUGGCUUCUCUCGUCCCACCACCUUCACUUUUGAGACCACCGCUCACCAGGACCUGCUGCACUCAGGGUCCUCAGAGCAGCGGGACUCCCCUAAAUCCUCAUUCGGACUUUUAACUGUGUCCCAUCGCACAAUGAAACUCCAACUACUGCCCCCUGCCAGCGGAACAUACGACGUCAGAAUUUUUGCCCGUCCCGAAAGUGCCACUACAAAUCUAAAGUGGGUUUGCUCUUUCACUGUGGAGUGUCUGGUGCCUAGAGCCAUGGAGGAGAUCCCAGAAAACCCCUUCUUAUCUUGGGGUCUUCAGCCAAACGCGCAAUUGCAAGGGGUCUCGGGAAGCAACUUGGGUAGUGAGGUAUUCCAAGUAGAGCAAGGUUCAUGCGAAGUUGUACUAAAAACAUCUCAUCCAUUAAUGUUAGUGUGUGAACUUGUACACCCCAAAUUAGACCCAGCUGUAGCAAAGCGUUGCCUGGCUACGCAAAUUCAGUCAGAUGCCCUAACUUGCAAUGUUUUAUGCCCUCAACGAGGAUUUUACCGUUUAUCAAUAUUUGUCCGGGACUAUGAAAAAACAGAUGUCAAAUUUCAAAAUGUUGCUAACUUCCUGCUACAUUGCAAAGGAAAGGUGGCAAGUCUAGAGGAGCUUUUUCCACCGAAUCUGGGCUCGGCUUGCGGUCCCGGGUCACGCACCACUGAAUUUGGGUUUUCAAAGUUUAGCCACACCACGGGGAUACUGAGUACACAGCAAGGCAAAUGCAACAUCACUUUUCACAACCAGCACGACCUAGAACUUCAUACUGUUUUAAGUCGGGACGAAAUCGCAAAACAGAGCACCCUACCUCUGUCCCGGUACCUCUUUUGCACAUACACAGACAGCAAGGUGACUGUGAGUGCUUCCUUGCCAGAAAAAGGGGUAUACCGACUGGGACUGUACGCAAGGACCACCCCGGGAGACAGCUUCAACCCAAUGUGCGAUUUUGUCUUGAGGAACACCUGUGAUCAACAGGGGGCGCCGUUCCCGUGCGUCUACUCAGCUUGGAGGAAAGGUUGUGUCCUUUUCGAGCCGAGAAUGGGACUUUUGGAGCCCGAGUCGUGGGUGAGGUUUAGAGUGAGGGUCCCGGGGGGGCAGAGGGUGUGUGUGGUGGGGGAGACGAGGACAGAUCUAAAGCUGAAUAAGAGCAGAGUUUGGGAGGGAGAUGUUUUCACCGGAGGAGGGGUGUCGCAGCUCAAACUGGCCGCUGCAUCGGGGGAGAGCGAAGAAAUGGCGGUAAUGAUGACCUUUGACAUCAGACCAGCAGAGAAGGAAGAGUGAAGGAGGACAGGUAACAUUCAGUAAUGUUGUUUGAUGGACAGUAAGGAUGCACCAAUACAUCAAUGGUAUAUCUGAUUGAAUUAUAAUUAUGUAUUGGUUAAUCAAUUACAAUAGUUGAGGUAUUUAAUUGAGGUAUUUUGUCACAUUAAAGGCUCCAGGACAUAUUUUCUCAAUAUCUGGAUUUUUUUUUAUCAUCAUUGUAGUCGCUCUGUUCUUUUUCUUUCAGUUAUGUUUAUAUAUGAAUGAAUAUAUAUGAUUUGAUAUCAGCGUGCCAGUGGCAUGUUGUGUUUGAGAUUUCUUAUGUGAUAUGUGCAACUGAUGCUAAAAUGAGGUACUAAAUUGCAAAUAUAUUGAACCAGUUUAAAAGCAAAAUUUAGUUUCACUUCAAUCCAUUUUAGCCUGUUUUACUGUGUCCUUAUAUAUUGCAGCUUAACCAUAAUUUGUACAGUCCAAACACACUGGCUGCGGUUACAUGCAAACUCAAAAUCUGAUUAAUAUACAAUUUUUGGAGUUAUAAGUUUAUUCAAAUGACAUCUAAACAGCAAAAUCAUCUAACUUCUUUCUAAUCGUGGUCCAUCUUAUUAUUCACAUCAGCUUUUGCAGUUUAUAUGUCAUUUAUAUUAUCUUAAAGGUCCAGAAAUCACAUUAUAAUUAGAUCUUGGUGUGCAUGUGAACAAGGCCACUGAUGUGUUCUUACCAGGGUAAUAGGAAGAGACAAUAAAUAAACAAUAUACACUGUGAUUACUUCAGGUUUACGUAUACAACACCGCAUACUUUCUGCAUACUUUCUGUGUGACCAUCGACAAUUGUAAAAAUGAACUUAACUGUACUUUUAUUAUUAUUCAUUAUAUAUGGCUUUUAUCAGUAGAAAGUUGAUUAGAUCUAAAUAUUUGAAAGAUGAUUUGAAAGCUACUGGCUAAUCCUGAGGGAGCUUAGGGCGGGUUGUCACUGGUGCUCAGCUGUGGUGCUAAACAGCGAUACUCUGGGUUAUGUAAUUCUGCUUGUAUUAUGACAUGAUGCUUCUGCAAAGUUAUGUAAAUAAAAUGGUUACUGACAUUUGACGUGCACCUGCUUCUAAAUGUGAACUCUAAUAAACUUGAUAUAAGACCAUU